UAGACCACACCUCUCAGUCAGCAUGAUGUGCAGUUUGAAGUGGCGAAAGUGCAGUUGGGUUCUUAGGCAGCUGUUGCUGCUGGUGUUCUUUUCUCAAGCGGAGGGCUUGUGCAAGCUUAUAGGUGAUCCUGAGAGUGCCCAACUAUCCAAAGAUGGUGACAUUAUACUGGGGGGAAUUUUCUCCUUACACAGCAGGUGGAAAGACAGAGAAGAAAUCUACACAUACAAGCCACUACCACUGGAAUGCAUUGGUUUGAAUUUCAGAAAUUUCCAGAUUGCCCAGGCUAUGCUCUUUGCCAUUGAGGAGAUCAACAACAGGACAAAUCUACUACCUGGCAUUGUCCUGGGAUACAAGAUAUAUGAUACAUGUGGCUCAAAUGCCAGAAGUGUAAGAGUUGCUCUGGUUUUGGCAAAUAGUAAUGAAAAAGGUCAUGUUACAUCUUUGAGUCCAUGCAAUAGAGCUGCACAAGUGCAGGCAAUAAUGGGAGAAACUUCUUCUUCUCCUUGUAUAGCUGUAUCUACUGUGACUGGACCCUUUCAUAUUCCAUUGAUUAGCCCAUUUGCCACCUGUGCUUGUCUCAGUGAUAAAUCCAAGUACCCAUCCUUCCUCAGAACAAUACCCAGUGACUACUAUCAGAGCAGAGCUCUUGCCCAGCUGGUCAAACACUUUGGUUGGACUUGGGUUGGAGCUGUUAGAACAAAUGAUGAUUACGGCAAUAAUGGCAUGGCUACAUUCACAGAAACAGCUCAGCAGCUGGGCAUCUGUCUGGAGUUUUCUGUAGCUUUCUUCCGAACAGAUCCACCAAAUAAGAUACAAAACAUAAUUGACAUUAUCAAGCGUUCAUCUUCCAAAGUGAUUGUUGCUUUUCUCUCCUACUUGGACAUGGAUGUGUUAAUGAAUAGGUUGUCUCUCCAAAACAUUACUGGAUAUCAGUGGGUCGGUAGUGAAGGCUGGAUCUUUGAUUCUCAAACUGCAGACAUGGAUAAACAUCAUAUUCUGGAUGGUGCCAUAGGCCUGUUUAUGCCUAAAGUGCAUGUCAGCGGUGUCAGAGAGUUUAUAUUGGAUGUGAAACCAGAUAAUUUAUCUGGUAAAGAUCUGUUGUCUGAAUUUUGGGAAGCAAUAUUUAAGUGUAAGUUCAGACAGUCAAACUUAUCAGCAGAGAAUGAAAGAGAAUGUACUGGACAUGAGGAUCUGAGUGAUUUACAACAGAGCUUUAUUGACAUGUCACUUAUGCCCAUAUUUAACAAUAUCUAUAAAGGAGUGUAUGCUGUGGCCCAUGCACUUCAUAAGAUACUUGGUUGCAAUGAAACGUGUAAUUACAAUGUGCAGCUGGAUCCUUUUAUGAUUUUACACCAAAUUAAAAAAAUACAUUUUGAGACAAAAGAGGGAGACAAAGUUUACUUCAAUGAGGAUGGAGACCCACCAGCAAAAUAUGAAAUUAUAAACUGGCAGCGACAGGAAAAUGGUGUUGUAAACUUUGUCACAGUUGGUCUAUAUGAUGCAUCUUUACCUGCAGACAAACAGCUGAGUCUGCAAGAUAAGGCUUUCAUCUGGGCACAAAACUCAACACAGGUUCCUGUGUCAGUUUGCAGUGAGAAAUGUUUCCCAGGAACUCAUAGGGUUCUCCAGAAACGAAAGCCUGUCUGCUGUUAUGACUGUAUAAGAUGUGCAGAGGGAGAAAUAAGCAACACCACAGACUCCAUCAGCUGUGUUCAAUGUCCACCUGAUUUCUGGUCAAAUGACAGAAGAGAUGUGUGUGUAAAAAAGGAUUCAGAGUUUCUAUCCUAUGAAGAAAUGAUGGGAGCACUACUCACUGCAGCAUCUUUAUGUGGAACAUGCAUGACUGCUGCUGUAGCCUUCAUUUUCUUCACAUACAGGAAAACUCCUAUUGUCAGGGCCAACAACUCCGAGCUGAGCUUCCUUCUGCUCCUCUCUUUGACUCUGUGCUUCCUGUGUUCCCUGACCUUCAUGGGUCGACCCUCUGAGUGGUCCUGCAUGCUGAGACACACAGCAUUCGGCAUUACUUUUGUUCUCUGUAUGUCUUGUGUUCUGGGCAAAACUGUGGUGGUGUUAAUGGCCUUCAGAGCUUCAGUUCCAGGCAGUAAUGUGAUGAAAUGGUUUGGACCAACACAGCAGAGACUCAGUGUUCUGGUCUUCACUCUCAUACAGGUUGUAAUAUGUGUCUUGUGGUUAACAAUUUCUCCUCCUUUCCCAUUUAAGAACUUGAAGGUAGUCAAAGACAGAAUCAUCUUAGAAUGUGCUCUGGGCUCAGCUGUAGGAUUCUGGGCUGUACUUGGCUACAUUGGUUUUCUGUCUCUGCUCUGUUUUGUUCUUGCUUUUCUGGCUCGGAAACUGCCUGAUAACUUUAAUGAGGCCAAGUUCAUCACCUUCAGUAUGUUGAUAUUCUGUGCAGUGUGGCUCACUUUUAUUCCAGCUUAUGUCAGCUCUCCUGGAAAGUUUAGUGUUGCUGUUGAGAUUUUUGCUAUUCUGGCUUCUAGUUUUGGACUGUUGAUAUGUAUCUUUAUUCCAAAAUGUUACAUUAUCUUACUGAGACCAGAGAAGAACACAAAAAAGUAUAUGAUGGGGAGAGGGCCACAAAAUACAUGA